AAUGUAUUUAAUUCAGCUGAAACGUAACCAUGACGUACAGCAUUGCUAAUCCCUUCGGUCGCUGUAGUACCAAGAAGAAUGUUGCUGAGGCUAAAGGAAGUCUGAAAAACUGGAUACACCGUGUGCAAAGUGUGACACAUCUCAUCCAAUCAGCACGCUGGGUGGGAGCAUGUGACCUGGAUCUCUGCGAAAAUGGAAAUGUCUGCAGACUGCUUCCCAGCUCUCCCUGAGCUCAACACACUUGACCCUCCCAAACAGCAGGAGGUGAUCUCCCCGCUCUCCCCGGCGGAGCCACUUCCCUCUCCCCUGAUCAUGCAGGAGUGCAGCCCUGAGACGAUGUCCCCUGAGGACGGAGAGGCACUGGAACCCCUCCCCCCUCACCAGGCUUUCUUCCUGGGGGAACCGGAUGAAGACCCAAGCUUGGACAGCCCUGAACCUGAAGAGAUCCUCGCUCUUGGGCUCCAGAACGCCUGCCCCAGCCCGCCAGGGUCCCUCUCAUUAGAGGUGCAGGAAGGCAGCCCAGUCCCUGCUGCGAUUCUAAGCUUUGGCAUCCCUUGUUUCAGUCCCAGGGCACUGGAAGCUGCCAUGUCCUUAGAUGGGGACCGGGACCCUAGCUUUGAUGACGAGUUGGAUCUCCAGCAGUUCCACAACGGCCAGGGGGGCAUGGCAGACUCUGCGGACAGCGAGGGCAACCCCAGGAGGGCGCGGAAGUACCCGUGCAGGGUGUGUGGGAAGCGCUUUCGCUUCAAUAGCAUCCUCUCGCUGCACAUGCGUAUCCACACCGGAGAGAAGCCCUUCGUUUGCCCCUAUUGUGGCCACCGGGCAGCCCAGAAGGGCAACCUGAAGAUCCAUUUAAGGAUCCACAGACCUGACAUUGGGGGCGCUGGCGACGACGAGCCAGGAGACGCAGGAAUGAAGCCGAGCGAGGAAAACCAGAUUCUUGCGGAGUUGGUAGAAAGAGCCAGCCAGAAAGGUCACAGUCUUACCGAAGAUAUUGAAACUCCUCCCCCAGUCCUUCCAGCUGUUCUAUCUCCUCCCCCUCCCUCUCCCUCUCCCUCUCCCUCUCCCUCUCCCUCUUCCCUCACUCCGUCAGGCUUCCGGUGCACGUCCUGCAAGGGGAAGUUCCGUACGGCUGCAGAGCUAGCCCGCCACGUGAGGAUCCUGCACAACCCAUACAAAUGCAGCCUCUGCUUCUUCUCCGCUGCCUUGGAGGAAGAUCUGGUGGCCCACGUGGCAGGAGAACACCUCGUCAGAUUGGCAGAACCAGCAGUCGCCGAGAUGCCCACAAUUGCCUCGGCUCCACAGCCGCCCCCGGCAGUGGUGCUUCCUGCUUUCAAAUGCGAGGUGUGCGGCCAGGCCUUCACCCAGUCCUGGUUUCUGAAGGGACACAUGCGGAAGCACAAGGAUUCAUUGGAUCACAAAUGCCAAGUCUGCGGAAGAGGCUUCAAGGAACCCUGGUUUUUGAAGAACCACAUGAAGGUCCACCUCAACAAGCUGGGACUUAAAGGGAACACGGCUGGGGGUGGAAGCCAAGGGAAAGGAGACUCCGGCAAGGCAGCCCGGGGGCUCACAGGAGAGCAGGCCUAUGGAGCCCUUUAUUCUGGCCUCCUGUUGGCUGGAGGAAGAGGCACCCAAGAGCGCCAGGCUUGGAGCAAGCUCUUAGCACCAGGGUCCAGCGUUGGAGAAGCUGGGAAAAGCGCCCUUUUGGGUUACCUCAACCUUGGCCAGCCGCCGGAGGGUGGCAGCUGUGUGGAGCGCCUCCAAGCAGCCGCCCAGGUGGCGGAGAUGGGCGGUGGAAGCCACGCGGUGUGGCAGCUGGUGGCCCGGAGCUUAGCAGCAGGUCAGCAGCAGAAGAGCAGCUCGGUGGCAGGGGAAGCGGAGAAGGUCAGGGCCUACCUCGGGGGUCUCCUGGGAGGGGAGUCUUCAGCCCAGCCCCCCUGGGAAUGCCCGGAUUGUGGGAAAGUCUUCAGAACACUGCACCAGAUCGUGGCCCAUGCCAGGGUGCAUGCCCGGAGGCCACAGAACGGGGGGGAGGGGGCAGCGCAGAGGGACAGGGAGGAGUGGGCACGUUCAGGAUUGGCUUUCGGGCCGCUGGCUGCUCUCAAAGCCAGUGCCCAGGGUUCGAGUCAAGCUGGUGGGAAGCUUGGAGCAGCAGGAGGAGAAGGAGAGGGUACCUAUCACCCGCCCCUGUCUGCAUUUCAAGGAGAGAACGGGCUCCGAGAUAGCAGGCCCAGCCCCGGCCCAGCGCAGCAAGAGAGAAUCAGAGGAGCUGCUGGGAAGGACUGUCCGUACUGCGGCAAGACCUUCCGAUCCUCCCACCAUCUCAAAGUACACCUCAGGGUCCACACAGGGGAGAGACCUUACAAGUGCCCACAUUGUGACUACGCUGGCACCCAGUCUGGGUCCCUCAAGUACCAUCUCCAGCGGCACCACCGCGAACAGCGCAAUGCCUCCGCAGAGGGGCACGCCUCGGCUCGGGACCUUGGCACCAAGAAGUCCACCCUCGGACGGGCAGACUUCGGGAGCCGAGGGCUGAGUGUGUCAUCUGCUGCCAAUUUCUCUGGCAAGACCAUGUCUCCACAGUGGCCAGGGAGGCCCACACUUCCAUGGACAGCCUCUACACAACCUGAGGACAAGCAGACUGGCCUGACCGACUUCAACAAGGUGUUCCAGAGCCUUUCUGAACACAAAGGGGCGUUUCAAGGUUUCCGGGAUCUCCAGGCAUUCUGGAAUCACGCGAGAGAAAGCCCACAGGGGGGGUCCAAAAGAGCCAAGCUUGUCCCUCUACCCAAAGUGUCCAGGAGGAAACCACAGAUUACCAACAAGAUCCCGGCAGCAACAACCAAUGGCAGGGCUGAAUUCGAGCCCUUGGAUCUAUCCCGAAGGCCCUCACAGGAGACCCCAGAUGACGUGACCCUCCAUCAUUGCCUCUUCUGUCCCUUUACCACUUCUUCUGUUGAGCUGAUGGCAAUGCACCUUCAAGUCAACCACACUAGCAAGUCGAGAAGGAAGGAGAGGCAGAGGAGCCUGGAAGGGAGCCGGACCCGUGACCAGCAGACAUCCUGGGCUGGUUAUGGCUUGUCCCUGCUAGCUACACAUGGGUGGAAGCCUGAUAAGGAAAGAGAAGAGCAGCUGGACAACUCUUCAACUUUAGAGAUGGAUGUCAGCCAAGGCUCUUCUUGCUUGAAGGAUGUCGGUCAAGCGAAUGGGAUGUUGAGGGAGUUCCCUUUGGAGGCAUCUCCUGGGGCUUCCACAGUGGAGGACCUGGAGUUUGGAGGUCUACCAAGAGAAGAAUCAGAGGAGGAGGAGGAGGAGGAGGAGGAGGAGGAGGAGGAGGAAUUAUUUGAAGAAGACUUUGGGGGAGAGGAAGGGCAGGGAAGUAUUGAAAAUCAUGGAGGAAAUGGCAGAGUUCAGGAAGGUACAACAGUGGAUAACGCAGUCGAAUUUGAGGAGGAAGGAGAAAGUACUGAAGGCACAGAAGGGGAUAUAGGAGAGCUAGAGGCGGAUGAGGAAGAAGACCCACAAAGAAUGAAAAAGCAAAUUGACAAAGCAAGUGAUCACAGCCCAAGUGUGUCUCUUGCAUGGACUGACAGAGAAGAAGCAAGACCAAGACCCACACUGAAAUAUGAAGACGGCCUUCUAGACCAAGGUGAUCUAGAAGAUAAGGAAGACCUGGAAGGAUCACCAAGACUGGAGACCCAAACAACCGACCACCCCCCCAUGAUGGUGGAGGAAGCAGGUGCCCAAGACAACCAACCUGGUAUCCUUAGCUCUUAAUCUGCAGGAACCUGUCCUGAACAAGGCAAAGGGCUCCUUGUGGCCACCUGUAGUCUUUGCUAAACCUUUGUCUUUGUUUCAUAAUACUAUGUGAGAACAAAGGCCUAAAGCCUACAUUGUUCUGUAACGUAGGUUUUUGUGACAAAUGUCUAACUUGGAGCUAAAGAGUUAGCCUUGAAACCAGUAUUAAAAGACUUUCUGAAAAUGUAAAGAACCUCAGAGGAACCUUGAGAUGGACAUCCUCUUGCAUAAAGCUAUUUUGCAGAACAGUGUUUCUCAGAUCUUUGAGUGAUCGGCAUUGUUAAUCGUUCAUCCGUAAAAUAUUAAGUGAUACUAAAAUGAAACUAUGUUUUGGAAAAGAGAAGGUCGGGUUUUAGAACCACUGUUCUCUGGGCGAAGCAGAGCAGGUUCUUGUUCAUUCCUGGGUUGAAGAAUCCUGAAAGUUUCUCUGGGUUCUUCUCACUUUUACUGUGGAGAACACAAAGCUGUUUUUUGUCGUUCACACCAAGUGCCAGUAUUAGGAGUAAAAAAUAAAUAAAAAAAGACUGCUUUUUCUUGAAGUAAAUUUGCCUGAUGCUUAAAAGCUUGGCUGAAAAUGCUACAAGAAAGGGCACAGACGUUUUCUGGAAAGUUGUGGAUCAAAACCAGUUUGAAGAAGGGUUGAACCCCUGAUUCCAACCACUAGUGCAGUCAGUAGUAAAACACUAACAACUCUUUAGAGACCUGGUAGAAACCUGUAGCUUUUUUUUUUUUUUUUUUUUUUUGUGGAAAAAAAAUAAUAAUAAUAAUAAUAAUAAUGAAGAAUGUUGAUUGAUUCGCUGGAAGUAAAACACUGUGGGCUGUUCUUUUAUUUUGUAUUUUGAAUUUCUUUUUAUUUUUUAUUUUUUUCUGUAUGGCCUAGCAUUUUUAAUCCAGGUUCUUCCAUUGCCUUUUGGAAGGGAGAUUCCUGGAUUCUACAAAGCACUGUUAGGACUACGAGAAGAGGAAAUUAAUGUGUCUGGAUUUGUUUCUUGUGAAAAUGCUGUCAGACAACAGCACGCUGUCAAAGCCUUUACUUCACAAUAGAACCUCAAUUGGGAGAAACCAUUCUCAAAUGUUUCAAUUUCGUGAAUUUUGUCUUCUGGACCUUAAAAUAUCCCACAGAAACCCAAGAUACAUGUUAUUUCAAGCCUGAAACACUACUGAGCAGCUCCUGGUAACCACAGGACUGUACACCCAAACCUGGAAGCGUUUGCCUGCCCCAAAUGUUGCUGCUAUUUUUCAAACAAGAAAAUAGAAAUCCUUCAGGGACAUAACAAAAAAAGGACCUCUCAUUUCAGUAGAAAAGCUGCUUCUACUUGAAUUAACGGUUGAGUAUUUGGAGAUACGAUGCGAGAAAGAUGUUCCGUUAAAGGCAGGACCAUCGUCAGCCCAACCAAAUUCUGUACAAUGCUUUGAGGUUUCUUCUUUUGAGGUUCUGUUGUGGAUUGGUAAGUACUCCACUACAAAACGGGGACCAGCUGCAUAAAAAAAGAAAAAAAAAAAAAAUCUUUGCACCUUAAUCUUUAUU